AUGUCUGAUCAGGAAGAAGAUCAUCAAAAUAUCGAAUUAAAAAAUGAUUCAGUACAAGGAUUUUUCUCGCAUCAUGAACCAGUAUACAGCAUCGAUAUAAAUCCAAUUGAUGAGAAUAUAAUAAUUUCGGGUGGUGGAGACGACAAGAGUUAUUUGUGGAGAGUUGAUACAGGAAAACAGUUAUUCGAAUUAUCAGGACACACGGAUUCUGUAACAUCAGUGAUAUUUAGUACCGAUGGUCAAUACGUGGCUAGUGGUGGUAUGGAUGGGAAAGUACUUGUUUGGAAAGUAGGAACUGGUGAACUUGUCAUCUCUUUGGAAGGGCCUGAUGAAAUUAUGUGGUUGAGUUGGCAUCCUAAAGGCAACAUACUUCUUGCUGGUGCCAAUGAUUCAACGAUAUGGAUGUGGCAAAUUCCAAAAGGAAACGUAAUGAAUGUUUUUGCAGGUCACUCAUCACCAGUAACAGCCGGCCAAUUCACACCGGACGGCAAAAAAAUUGUGUCUGGGUCUGAUGAUUCGACACUCAUUGUAUGGGAUCCGAAAUCUGCUACUGCUACAUCAAGAAUAUCAGGUGAAGAUGCUCGGUUUCAUAACGAAGGUAUCACUUCAUUAGCAGUAAACAAAGAUAGUUCGUUAGUAAUUACUGGGUCCACCGAUAAAUCCGCUAAAUUAUUGAAUAUUCUUAAUGGGAAUAUUCUUGGUUCGUUUGAGAACCAUACAGAUUCAGUGGAAGCCGUAGGAUUUUCCAACAGUCUCCCACUAGCAGCCACUGGAUCACUCGACAACUCAUUAAACAUCUGGGAUCUAAAUACCUUCCGCCUCCGACAAACAAGUCAUCACGAAGACGCGAUUACAAAAUUGAAGUGGCACGAUGCGUCUUCGUCGUCUCCUCAUCUUAUCACUACUAGUUCCGUGGAUCAUACUGUUCGCGUUUGGGAUGCGAGAACUGGCGAUUGUGUACGUGUUUUUAGCGGACAUCAGGAUUCGGUGUUGGAUGUGGGAGUAUCAAGGGAUGGAAGAACUAUUGUUUCGGGUGGUGACGAUGGAGCGUGUCUACUAUUUAAAUUGUAA